AUGUCAGGACCUCUAGACCGAUCUUCCAGACCAGGUUUGAAUGGUUAUCAAGAGGAGAAAAGAGACAGAAGAUCCGAUGUAGAUAUUAACUCAGAGGAUGAAAGGAAGAAAAGGGCUGGUUCUUUGAAGAAGAAGGCUAUUACUGCCUCUGCAAAAUUCAAGAACUCAUUGACAAAGAGGAGUAGAAGACGUAGUAGUAGCAGGGUCAUGUCUGUCUCGAUUGAGGACGUGCGCGACGCUGAAGAAAUGGGCGCUGUUGAUGCCUUCCGACAAACUCUUAUUCUCGAGGAGUUGCUCCCCUCUCAACAUGAUGAUUAUCAUAUGAUGCUUAGAUUUUUGAGGGCGAGAAAGUUUGAUAUCGAGAAGGCAAAGCAAAUGUGGAGUGACAUGCUUCAAUGGCGUAAGGAAUUCGAUGCUGAUGCAAUCCUUGAAGAUUUUGAAUUCGCAGAAAUAGAUCAAGUCUUGCAACAUUACCCACAAGGUCAUCAUGGAGUGGACAAGCAAGGCAGGCCUGUUUACAUUGAAAGGCUGGGGCAGAUAGAUGUGAAUAAGCUCAUGCAAGUGACAACCAUGGAUCGAUACGUUAAAUAUCAUGUAAAGGAGUUUGAGAGGACCUUCAAAGUCAAAUUCCCUGCUUGUUCUCUUGCAGCAAAGAAACACAUUGAUCAGAGCACUACCAUUCUUGAUGUUCAGGGUGUUGGAUAUAAACAUCUGACUAAGACAGCAAGAGAACUUAUCGGCCGUCUUCAGAAAAUUGAUGGUGAUAAUUAUCCUGAGACCUUGAAUCAAAUGUUCAUCAUCAAUGCUGGUAAUGGAUUUAGACUGCUUUGGAAUACCAUAAAGACUUUCCUUGACCCUAAAACAACUGCAAAGAUUCAUGUUCUUGGCAAUAAGUAUCAGAGUAAGCUGCUUGAAGUGAUUGAUGCAAGUGAACUCCCUGACUUCCUCGGAGGUACUUGCACAUGCUCAGAACAUGGAGGCUGCCUUCGAUCCGACAAAGGUCCAUGGAAGGAUGCUGACAUCCUUAGGAUGGUUCGGAAUGGAUAUGCAAAGUGUGGAAGGCACAGGAGAAAUUCAUCCAUUGAUGAAAAGACUAUCUCUGAGGAUGACAUAACAUAUCCGUCGAUUCCUCCUGUGACUUCCUCUUUUGUUUAUGAUGAUUACAUCCCCAUGGUUGACAAGGUUGUGGAUGCAACAACCUGGAAUAAGAAUGCACUGAAUGAUAAGCUUGCAAUCAAUAAAGGUGCUUCUUAUGACAUGCCAGAUCCUUGCAAAGUCCCAGUAUAUCUGAACAACAACAAAAACAACAAUAUACUGACAGGAGUAAUGGCCUUUGUCAUGGGUAUUGUCACAGUUGUCAGAGUAUCAAGAAGAAUGCCGAACAAGAUCGUCGGAGCAGCAUUAGAGUAUGCUGCUCCUGUGCAAUCUGCUGACACUUUAGUUAAAAGCCAAAUGCUGCAGCAGCAGCAGCAGCAGAUGUUCUCGCGGGUUGUUUCACCGGCUGAAUUCUCAGCAGUGGUGAAGCGUCUUGCAGAUAUGGAAGAAAAGAUGACCAAUGUCAGCAUGAAGCCUGCAGAGAUGCCAUUGGAUAAGGAAGAGAUGCUUAAUGCUGCUGUUAGCCGUGUUGAAGCUUUGGAAGCUGAACUUAGUACUACUAAGAAGCUUCUGGAGGACGCUCUUGCUCGCCAACAGGAGGUUCUUGCUUAUAUUGAUAACAAGAAGAAGAAGAAGAAAAACAAGUUGAAGAAGAAGAAGAAGAAGAAGAAUCGAGAAUUCUCUGCUUGGCCUUCGGAUUGGAUCGCUGCCUCUCUUCAUCUCCAUUCUCGUUUGGGGGAAAAUGAGUACAGGGUACAGGGAUUGAACUCGACUUUUUAUGAUUGUUCUAGUGUUGGACUUGAUCCUAUAUUUCAAUGUGAUGGACAACAGGAAAUGCUUAGCAUGUGUUUAAUAGCAAGCUCGGCUAAAUUAUAG